AUGGAGCUCCGGCAUUCCCUGCGCCCUUGCCUGGGAUUACCCUGUCCUCUUGCCGAGCCUGGGCUCAACCCGCUUCGUGCCCCGCCGAACCUGACUGGGCUGCUGAACCUGGACCUCAGGCUCGGGCUGUGCAGGUUCGUGUGUCGCAGGUUCGGCGGACUGUUGAACCUUCUCUCUCUGGCUGGACUCCCGAGCCUGGACCUCAGCCCUGGGCUGAUCAGCCUCGCCCCCAUCAGGUUCGGGCUGCUGCUCCCCGAGCCUGCCAGGUUCAGCACAGCGAUCCCUGGACUCCCGAGCCUGGAAGCCAUCAGUGUGCCAUCUAGUAGAGGCCCCCUCUUCAGGGUGCUACCCGUUGGAGACUCUCUCUUCAGCUCGUUCUUCAACAUGUCUGUCAUUUCUUCCUGCAUCGCUGCUCCUCCAGUCACACUUGCUGUAGCCACUUGUAUUGUGGCAUUAUCCACCUCCUCCUCCUCUCGUUCCUCUGUCACUGCCGCCCCAACCCCUCCACCCACCUCCUCCAAACACCCCACCGUCUCUCCUUUCCUCUGGUCCACUUCCUUUCCCCCUCCUUCCUUCCUAGCGGCUGCAUCCCCCUCUGACUCCAACACUCCAGCGGCAUGCUUUCCCAUUGCUGCUGCUGCUGCUGCUGCUGCUGCAACUGCUGCUGGUGGUCCUGGUGGUGGUGGUAUUGCUGUUGCUGGUGCUGCUGAUACUGGUCAUAUUGAUGGUGCGGUGGAUGGCUGUGCUGCAGGUACUGGUAACUCUGUUCAUGGUUGUCCUUUUGCUGAUGAUACAUCACUGGGUGGUGGUGAUGGUGAUGGUGAUGCUGCUGCUGCUGCUGCUGCUGCUGCUGCUGCUGCUGCUGCUGCUGCUGCUGCUGCUGCUGCUGCUGCUGCUGCUGCUGCUGCUGCUGCUGCUGCUGCUGCUGCUGCUGCUGCUGUUGCUGCUGCAAUUGCUGCUGAGACUGCACUUGGGGGUCCAAACCCUCAUGUCCACCUGUCCCUCCUGCUUCUGUUGCUGCGGCCGCUGACGUGUCAACUGCUGAUGUGGCAACAGCUGACGUGGACCCAGCUGGGCCUCUAA